GCUAAUGACAACGAAAAGGGACCAAGAAUCUUGACACAUUUGCUAGACAACAGCAAAGAGCCAACGACUUACGACUCCUUAUUCAAACAAAACAAAACCUUAUAAUUACUUCAGAUCCGUUGAACAGAAUCUGACUCUCCAAUAUGGCGGUAGAACUUGAACUCCAACCUCUGGAUUCCACCAACGACAAAGACGACGACAACACAAUAAGAACUGGCACGUUAUGGAGCACGAUUGCACAUAUCAUAACAGCGGUGAUUGGCUCCGGUGUAUUGUCGCUGGCUUGGAGCACGGCGCAGCUUGGUUGGAUCGGAGGUCCGGUUGCGUUGUUCUGCUUUGCGUUUGUGACGUACGUCUCUGCCACUCUUAUGUCAGAUUGCUACCGGUCACCUGAUCCGAUCACCGGAGCUAGAAACCGGUCUUUUACAGAUGCUGUCAGAGUUAUCCUCGGUGAAAAACAAGCAUGGAUAUGCGGUUUGCUUCAGUAUGUGAGCUUUUAUGGAACUGGGAUUGCUUAUGUGGUGACAACAGCGACGUGUAUGAGGGCGAUUCGUAAAUCGGGUUGCUAUCAUACACAAGGACACGAUGCUGAUUGCGACUACAGAGGCAACAUUUACAUGUUGUUGUUCGGAGUGGUGGAGGUUGUAAUGUCACAGAUACCGGAUUUCCAUAGCAUGGUGUGGGUGUCUGUUGUUGCAGCGGCGAUGUCGUUUUGCUACGCUUCUAUUGGUUUCGGGCUUGGUUGUGCUCAAGUUAUUGAAAAUGGUAAGAUCGCCGGGAGCAUCACCGGAGCUCCGGCUGCUAGUGUAGCUCACAAAUUAUGGAUAACUUUUCAAGCACUUGGGGACAUAGCAUUCGCGUAUCCAUAUGCUAUUAUCCUUUUAGAAAUUCAGGAUACUGUGAAGUCACCACCAGCGGAGAACCAGGUUGCAAAAAGGGCAUCGGCGAUUGCGAUUCUGUUGACGACUUUUUUCUACCUUGGAUGUGGAUGCUUUGGAUAUGCAGCCUUUGGGAACGAUACACCUGGAAAUCUUUUGACAGGAUUUGGAUUUUACGAGCCUUAUUGGCUUGUCGACUUUGCAAAUGCAUGCAUUAUAAUACAUCUGAUCGGAGGAUAUCAACUAUUCAGCCAGCCAGUAUUUGCGUUUUCCGAGAGAUGGUUCACCGGAAAGUUCCCCAACAGUGGAUUUCUGACGAAAUUUUAUGAACUGAAGCUGCCAUUAUUGCCGGCUUUUCGAUUAAAUCUGUUCAGGCUAUGUUUCAGAACAGCCUACGUGGCAUCAACCACCGGAAUUGCGUUGGUGUUUCCAUACUUCAAUGAGAUUUUGGGUGUGUUAGGAGCAUUGAACCUGUGGCCAUUGGCCAUAUAUUUUCCGGUGGAGAUGUAUAUAGUGCAACGAAGGGUGGAAUCUUGGAGCAGAAAGUGGGUGGUUCUUGAAAUAUUCAGUGGCGUUUUGAUGGUGGUGUCGGUGGUGGCUCUGGUUGGAUCCGUAGCUGGACUCAUUGAAGCAAAAUCGAAGUAGCUGAAAUCGAGUAACCUCAUUAUAGUAAAUCAAUUUCAUAGGUUUAGAUGCAUAUUUAUAAAUGAAAAGAAAAUUGUUAGAUGCAUAUUUAUGUGCUUUUUCCAAUGAAAAUUAUAUAUUUUGGGCCUA